AUGCUGAUUGUAUUUCCACGCCGCGCACUCGCGCGGUUCUCCCGUUCAGUCCCCGGAGAGGUACGCAGGGCAUGGCACAUAGCCAGGUGCGGCAUCAAGGACAUCCUCGACGAGACGGAAGGCAUGCGCUACAGCUGGGCAUUUCUGGAUCUCGACGCUUGCGGUGCAUCCCACCUCGACCCGCUCUCUAAGCGAGAAGUCAGCAUCUUUACAAGUCGCGAGAUUCCCGAGGCGGCUUGGAUCGAUGUACUCGACCAGGUUCACGACUAUCUCGAGACCUUUGAGGACCCCGACGACAUGGGCGACGCGGGCACUGCGGAUGAGUCGUCGGACAUGGACCCGGCGUGGAUAGAAUUGGGCUCGCAGGAAGGCGACCGAGAUGACGAUUGGAUGCCCCCGGAAUUUGGGCUUCGCCCCAUGCCCCUGCACGCGCAUAUGGGCGCCGUUCGACAAGAGAGCGUGGGCGGCGUCUUGUUCAGCGCGAUUGGCCCACGGCCAGGGCGCGUCCGGCGACGUCGAAUUGUGUUUGACACACAUGAGUUGACGGCAUUGGGGCGCCGGGCAGAGGAGCGCCUGGAAGAGGAGCGUCUGGAAGAGGAGCGCACCAACAAUAUGCGACGCGUUGGCAUCAUGCUGGCAAGAGCUGUCACAGGAAGGGCGCAGUCGGCUCCUCCGCCUGCCUGGCCGCCGGACGCUCCAGACAGCCGGUAA